AUGUAUCAAAGAUUGGAGGAAAUCAAUUUUCGAAACCCUCUGGAGUUGGGAUGGAAUAGCAUCGUUUUGAUCUCAGGAUUCGUUAUUCUGACUGCCAUCUUAAUUGUAUGGACCCAGAGGCCCGAUGAGGAGUUACUGCUCGAGAAGUUGAAAGACCUUGAUUUACCAAUUGUAGGAGUGGGACCAAAUGUUAAUGUUAGUGAGUCGCUGGAAAUCGGCACCCAAACUUACCCAAAUUCGCCAUACGUUGUACCGGCCGAUCGCGUUCCCAUUGUCAUUCUGCCAAACUCAGUCAUCGACAUCAUAAAGUCUCUCCCAGAAGCAAAAAUAUCAUUUGAAAAAGAAGUAUACGCUCGACAUCUGGCUCAUCUCUUGCUCAAAAAAGAACAGAAAAUCUUCUCCGAACCGAUUCUUAGUUCAAUCAAGCAGGAUCUUACUCGAAAUAUUUCGAAAACCCUUGAUACUUUAUGGGAAGAGGUAGAAUACGCAUUCGAAAAAAACAUCGGAACUUUGCCAGACAACGACGAAGGAUGGAAGGACGUGUCAGCGUAUGGAAAGGUACUGAAUGUGGUUGCAUUGCUAUCUGGAAGAGUAUUUGUUGGUGCGCCGUUGUGUCGCGAGGAAGAGUGGAUCAAAGCGACAAUCGCAUACACGAUAAUCGUCGGGGUGACAGUUGGAAUGCUCUGGAAACGCCCUUGGUGGCAACGAAGAAUUCUGGCACCUCUAUAUUUCCGAACUUUAGUUGGUGUUCACAAGAAAGCCGAAAAACUGUUAAAACCACUACUCGAACGCGAAGCCGCACUCGAUCCCUCAGAGUGGGAAAAGAAAGCCGGAGAACAAAACGAUGGACAGCUAAUCAGAUGGUUACUAUCACAUACCCCGCAAAAGGGUGGAAAGAUUGAUGUGAAGCAACUAGCCCAUGAUCAAUUGACAGUGAGCUUAGCUGCUAUUCACACCACCAGCAUUACAAUAUACCAUCUCUUAUAUGACCUGGCAACCUAUCCCGAACAUGUAGCUCCGCUUCGAAAAGAACUGGAAUCAGUCAUUGCCGAACACAAAACAGCCGGGGGAAAUGGAAAAUUGAGUAAGGUGGAAUUGACCAAAUUGUGGAAAAUGGAUAGUUUUAUCAAGGAGUCGCAGAGACUUAACCCACCAAUUCUUGUCCAGAUGCGUCGAUAUCUCACCUCUCCACUAGCUCUACCCUCGGGCCAUAUCCUUCCACCAGGAACGUUUUGUGGAGUCGAUGCGCAAAUGACAAAUCGAACAGUCCCAUAUUAUGAGGCUUCUCCAACAACGCACCAACAAGCACCGUUCGACAAAUUUGAUGGAUUCCGCUUUAGCAAACUGCGAUCUGUGCCAGGAAAUGAAAAUCGAUAUCAAUUUGUUACGUCCAGUACAGAGAGUUUGAACUUUGGGCAUGGAACCCAUGCGUGUCCUGGGCGCUUCUUUGCAAGCAACGAGAUCAAGAUUGCUUUUGCAGAGGUGUUGUUGAAAUGGGACGUGAGACUCAAACCGGGAGAAGGAAGGCCAGCAAAUUUGUAUAUUGACACAAACGUGAUGCCGAACAUGAAAGGAGAGGUGCAGAUGAGAAGAAGAAAAUUAAUCUGA